AUGAGCGCCGCGGGCGUUGGGCGCCGCUGUGAGUGUCAGGAUCGAGACAGGGAGCGAGUUUGGGUACAAGAACGUCAGAGCGGUGGGCGCGUGGACGAGACUGUCGGCACAGAGCUGCAAGCCGAGGAGGAAGAGAUGCGCGCGGUGAUUGCGAUGGCGGUCGCGCACACUGGGCUGUGCAUGCUGUCAGGGCGAGAGAGGGAGAAUGGAGGGCCGAGCACUCUGAGUGAGGCGGGCACAAGUGGUCUGUUAUGGCUGAGAGGGCUCACGAGGAGAGGACGUCGUUGGAUAACAGCGUUGGCGGUACAUGAUGGACGUCAACGCGUUGCGGCGGGCAGGAGCGUGCACAAAGACGCAAAGAUCGCGAGCAUACAAUGUUGGUGGGACUGGCCAAGGCGCGUGCUGCCAGCGAGAGCUGCACUGAAGUCGAACCUGCCCUGCCUCCUCGAUUCGACGUCCGCCUCCCUCGCUCAAUAA